AGAUCCAGAACACCAGGAACGCUCCCAGGCCACAGUGGUCGCACAGUUUCGCGACUACCAACCAAAAAAGUUUUUCGGCCAAGGAGAUCCUCGUAUAGUAGACGAAUGGGUUCAGGGCCUCGAGAUGAUUUUCGAGGUCAUGAACUGCCCUGAUCUUUAUCGUAUGUUAUGUGCCCAGAUCCAGCUGACCGGUGAUGCCCGACUCUGGUGGAAUGCCUACUGGAGUAUGCGUCCCGGAGAGAAAGAUGGUUGUACGUGGGACCAAUUCAAGGAGCUGAUCCGAGAGAAGUAUUAUCCCUCGUAUUACCGAGCAGACAUGGAGCGCCAGUUCUUGGCACUCACCCAGGGUACUCGUUCUGUUGACGAGUACGAAAGAGAGUUUACCCGUCUUGGAGCCUUU